AUGUCUUUGCUUUGUGGCAGACUUUGUCCUGGUGAUGUGGGAGUGAAAGGGAUAAAUACAACUCAGCCUUGUGUCAAGGACAGCAGAGAGAUAAAACGGGCUUUGAUCGAAACAACUUUAAAAGGCGGCCGGGCGUAUCUCUCCCAGUUUUGGAUUGAGAGAGCAGCGAUGUCGGAGCAGAGCAACCUCUCGGUAGUGGCACAUGGGCCAGGGGAUCUGCGAAUGGAAAGGCUUCCAAUCCCUGAGCCAGGCCCCAAUGAGGUCCAGUUGCAGAUGAAUUCUGUCGGGAUCUGCGGGUCUGAUGUGCAUUACUGGCAACAUGGAAGACUGGGAAGUUUCCUCAUGCAGAAACCAAUGGUUCUGGGUCAUGAGGGUUCGGGCACGGUGACCAAAGUGGGAUUGGAAGUGAAGCACCUCCAAGUAGGAGAUAGAGUUGCCAUUGAACCGGCUUACCCACUGAACAAUGAUGAGUUCUGCAAGUCUGGACGUUACAAUCUUUCUCCAGCCAUGUUCUGCUCCGCCACCCCACCUCAUCAUGGGCAGUUGUCCCAGUUCUAUGUCCACAGUGCAAACUACUGCUUCAAGCUUCCAGAUUGCGUGAGCUCGGAAGAAGGUGCUUUUAUCGAGCCUCUCUCAGUCGCCAUUCAUGCCUGUCGGCGGGCACGGGUAAAACUGGGCAGCAAAAUCCUGAUCUGUGGAGCAGGUCCAAUUGGACUUCUCAAUCUGCUGGUUGCCAAGGCGAUGGGGGCGGCCCAGGUGGUGAUUUGUGAUUUAUCAAGUGCCCGACUGGCCAAGGCGAAGGAGGUGGGGGCUGAUUUUACCAUCAAGGUGGAGAAGGAGACACCUCAGGACUUGGCACAGAAAGUGCAGGCGGCUCUUGGUUCAAUGCCAUUCACCACCAUCGAGUGCACUGGGGCAGAGUUCUGUGUCCAGGCUGCAGUCUACUCGACUCAAUCCGGAGGAACUGUGCUCCUGGUCGGACACGGCCCAGAAUUAGUGAGUGUGCCUCUUCUAAACGCCGCCAUCCGCGAGGUUGAUAUCCGCGGCAUGUUCCGAUACUGCAACACGUAUCCAAUGGCAAUUGCGAUGCUGGCAUCGAAGAAAGUGGACGUGAAGCCUCUGAUCACACAUCACUUCCCAUUGAGCCAGGCCAUUGAAGCAUUUGAAACGACAAAGAAACAGCUGGGAAUUAAAGUGAUGUUGAAGUGUGAUUAAACCAGCAUCUGCAGUUCCUUCCUACACAAGUGUGAAUGGUUAUCAGGUAUGUGUGUGUGAGCUUGGACAACUUAACUCUUCAAGACAGACCUCAGACACUGAAGCAAGGAACUAGCUCUUUUCUCCCCAAAGCAUGUCUCCGCCAAGCAUCAUUAAAGUAUUUUAUUUUUUAUCGA